AUGGAUGCACCCAAGCGGCGAGACCAUACGCCGUACUUGGACGUCAUGACGGUGCAGUCGCGCCGGUACAUCGCAAUGGGCGACGCGGCGCAAGGCGAGCACCUGAAGCUCCUCGUCGAGCCCAUCCACGUCCCCGACCUCAACCACACGGGCAUCACGCGGGCGGUGGAGGGCGCGCCGGCGCUCUUCUACCCGACAGGCGCCAAGAAUGUGCAUUUCCGCCAAGUCAUUCAGGCGUCGUUGGCGCAGAGCACGGACCUCGAGUCGCCAUCGUUGAGCGGGCGGUCGGCGUCCACGGGUGCGCUGCCGUCGGUCGUGCAGCCGCAACGGGCCACGUUGCACCACGCCAUGUCGCUCACGCUUGUCCACGACCCGUCGUCGAAUACGUCGUCGCCAAGCUCGACGCCCAAGAAAGCCAAAAAGGGCAAAGCGCCCGGUGGCAACAGCAGCGACCAUUUGUACGUACGCCGAGACAAGAAGACGGCGCAGCAUUACAAGGCCAAGGACGUCAAGACGCGCGAUAUCCUCGCCACCGUGCGCAUGAACACCACCAAGAUCACCAACCUCGUCAACCCCCACGCAACCUAG